AUGUCGAGAAUAGACAAGCUCUCCAUUUCCGGCGUCCGGUCCUUCAGCCCGGCUGUUCGGGAGGCCAUUCAGUUCAACACUCCGUUGACGCUCAUUGUUGGCUAUAAUGGAUCCGGAAAGACAACAAUCAUUGAAUGCUUGAAAUAUGCAACCACCGGCGAACUGCCUCCCAACAGCAAGGGUGGUGCCUUCAUUCACGAUCCAAAGCUCGCUGGAGAAAAAGAGGUCAUGGCCCAGGUCAAACUGCAAUUCCGCUCCAUCAACGAUCGACAGCAUGUGGCAACUCGAAGCAUACAACUCGCCGCGAAGAAGAACACCCGCACCCAAAAGACGCUUGACUGCUCAUUAGUCGUCGUCAAUAAUGGAGAGCGAACAACGACAUCAACCAGACAGGCGCAGCUUGAUGAGAUGAUUCCUGAGCGGCUCGGCGUUUCCCCAGCUAUUCUCGACGCCGUUAUAUUCUGUCACCAGGACGAGUCUCUUUGGCCGUUGAGUGAGCCUGGAGCCUUGAAGAAGCGCUUUGAUGAAAUUUUUGAGGCUUUGAAAUACACAAAGGCUAUUGAAAAUCUCAAGGUGGUCCGGAAAAAGCAGGUAGAGCAGCUUGCAAUACUCCAAGGUGAUGAGGCGCACCACAAGGUCAUGAAAGAUAAGGGCGAACGGGCUGAAAAGCAUAUGACUGUGCUUCAGGGUGAAAUUGAAGCAGCCCGCGCCGAGUGCGAAUCGCUUACAAACGAGAUGGAGGAAUGCCAGGAGAAGAUACGCCAAAAACACGAGCAAGCCAAUAGUUUCCUCCAAAUCGUGCAGAAUCUCAACAACAAAAGGGAGCAGCUUGAAUACAGGCAGGACGCCGUUGACGAGCUCAGACAGACAAUUGACGAGCUGCAAGAAGAUGAUGCGACCCUCGAGCGUUUCUUGGCCCAAUACGAAGAGAGCAUGGGUCGCUACCAGCAAGAAGCCGAGCAGUACAAGGCUCAAUACGCCGAGCUCCAAAAUGAGCUGACGAAGCAUCGCCAAACCCAGUCGGCAAAGUUGGCCGAGCAAGGGAAACACCAGUCAGAUAAAGAUAAAUAUGAGCGCCAGCUGAAAGCAAGAGUGGAAUUAAUUCAAGAAGCUGCACGACAAUACAACCUCAGAGGGUUUGACGAGGACCUAAAUGACCAACAUGUACAAUCUUUCCAAGACAAGAUUCAGAGGCUCUUGACAGAAAAGAAGAGGGAUCUGGAACGACUACAGAAAGAGAACGCUGCGGAAUUGGACAAGGCUACAGGCGUCAUUACAGAGCUUGAAGGUCGCAAAGCGGCCAGAACGCAAGAUCGGGUUUCUGCAAAACAGCGGAUGGGAGCCAUUGAAAAGCGUACAAGUGUCCUGCAAAAUGAGGCCGGGAGCAUUGACGUCGACGAGGGAGCCAAGGCCAUCCUGGAUGGACAGCUUGAAGAACUGGAGUCUCGGCUCAGGCAUGUUCAACAGGACAUGGAUAAGUCUAACUGGGAUCAACAGUUGACCGAGGCCAACGACAAACAGUGGCAGCUGGAAAGCGAAAAUGAAAAGCUAGGUCGCGAGCUGGUUGAAUGUACAAGACUGGCAUCAGAGCGGGCACAGCUUGAGCUCCGCAAGAAAGAGAUGGCAGAUCGGAAAAGAAAGCUUGAGACGCUGACCGAGACUUGGAAACCCAAGCUUGAUAAUGUCCUUGGAUCUGAUUGGGAGCCAGCAUCGCUGGACUCCCGCUUCCAGUCGGUCCAGGGGCGUCGAAGCAAAGCCCUUCAAGAUGCACAAAAACUCCGAGACCAGACAAGGCAGAAACAGCAAAAGGUUGAGUACAAGCUCAAAAAUGCAAAAGAAAUGCAUGAGAAAAAGACUCAGGAGAUGGCCAGGAGUAAACAGGAAGUUGUUGCUGUCCUGCAAAACGUACGCGACGGUGCUGUUGUCGAAGACUAUGUGGAAGAAGUUGCAGCUGUUGAACAACAAGUUGAAGAGCUCCGGACUGAUCUUAGCCUCUUUGAUGCUCUCUUUGACUAUUAUAACAAGUGCAAGCGUAUGCUGGACACGCAGAAGAGAUGUAGGCUUUGCGACCGUCAUUUUGAUGACAGCCAGAGCGCAGCUCUCGAUCGCCUCAGCAAAAAGAUUGAUAAGCACUUGGACCCGAAAGGCAAAGUUGAUACGGAAAAGGACCUGAAAGAGGCUGUGGACAAUUUGGAAUUGUUACAACUCCCUGCUCUCCAGAGCGAAUGGAAAACUGCAGAAGCAGAAUUUGAAUCUCUGGAAAAACAGCUUGAGGAAGAAGACGCUCUUGUUGUUGCAGAGGAAGAGAAGCUAAGAGACCUUGGAGAUUUAGCCAAAACAGUCACCAACAUCUCUCAAACUGUCAGAGAAAUCAAAGAUGCCGAGGCUCAAGUAGAACGCAUCGUAUCUCAACAAUCAUCCAGCGGGGUUUCUCGUAGCGUUGACGAGAUCCAUGAGCUUCAGUCAAAUCUAUCUGAGCAGCUCAGAGGCCUAAAGAAUAAAAUAUCCAAGCUCACGGCUGAUAGACAGCGGAUGAAGGAUCAAAUCAACUCACUCGAGCUUGAGAAGAGUGAGCUGCGAAACAAGAUUGGUCGCACCGCAGGGCAGCUCGAGAAGAAGAAAGAUCUUCAAAACCAGAUCCAGACUCUCAAGGAGGAUUACACCCAUCAGCGUGAAGUGAUUCAGCGAACUGAUGAGGAGCUGGAAAAGAUCGAGCCGGGCAUUGCAGAGGCACGGUCGGCCCGCGAUGAAAUGCUUCGUCUUGGUCGAUCCAAGGAGCAAGUCAUCACCGAUCAGCGCGAUGCCAUCAUGAACUCGAUGAGCGAAAUUAAGAUGCUGGACAGCGAUAUUCAAGACUAUGUUGAUCGUGGUGGCCUAACUAAUCUUGCGUCCAACCAACGGGCCAUUGCCUCUCUCGAGACAGCCAUCAGCACUACGGAGAAGGAGAUUGCUGAUCUUACCGUGCGGACGAACAAGCUCAAGCAAGACAUUGACAGCGGGGACCGUAAAAAGAAGAAUAUUAGUGACAAUAUCAACUACCGCAAGCAUUUGCGAACGCUCGAUGUUCUACGGACGGAGAUUGCAGAACUAGAGGAUCGUAAUGCUCACGAGGAUUAUGACCGCCUCCAAAGAGAGGCUCGCUCACUGGAGAACAUGUCCAACCGGCUGUUGGCCGAGCGUGGAUCUGUCAUGGGCACAAUGAAGUCAAAGGAUGAGGAGCUUGGUCGUCUCCUGAAAGAAUGGGAGAUGGAUUACAAGGACGCCAAGCGGCAGUAUCGUGAAUCCCAUAUCCGGGUCGAAACCACAAAGGCAGCGAUCCAAGAUUUGAGCCAGUGCACUGCUACCGUCGAUAAGGCGGUGAUGCAAUUCCACGCCAUGAAGAUGGCAGAGGUCAACCGCAUCGCCAGCGAACUCUGGCAGACAACCUACCAGGGCACCGACAUUGAUACCAUCCUCAUCCGCUCCGACCACGAAAGCAAUACCACCGGUAAGCGCACCUACAACUACCGCCUCUGCAUGGUCAAGCAGGACACCGAGAUGGACAUGCGCGGCCGCUGCUCAGCCGGCCAAAAGGUGCUCGCCAGCAUCGUCAUCCGCCUGGCACUCGCGGAGUCGUUUGGCGUCAACUGCGGGCUCAUUGCCCUGGACGAGCCGACGACGAACCUCGAUAGGGACAAUAUCAAGUCCCUGGCUGAGAGCUUGCAUCGCAUCAUCCAGACGAGGCAGCAGCAGAGCAACUUUCAGCUCAUUGUGAUUACGCACGAUGAGGAGUUUUUGAGGCACAUGCGGUGCAGCGACUUUUGCGAUAGCUUUUUCAGGGUCAAGAGAGAUGAGAAGCAGAAUAGCGUGAUUUCGAGGGAGAGCAUUACCAAAAUCUUUUAG